GAAUUGCAGGGUUACAGGAAUAGGUGUGGAUCUGGAUGGGAUGCUGUUUGGAGAGCAGUGUGGACCCAAUGGGCUGAAAGGCUUGCUUCCACACCAUAGGGACUCUUUGAUUCUAUAAAACAGCAAAGGUGAGAGUGGGUAGUGGGUGUGGCAAAUAAAAAUUAGUGGGAUUUAGAGAGCUCAGAGAGUUGAGCUGUUCAGGAAACUGCUCAUUUAUUUUGCAUGUGUUCUUCCCAAGGUAGUGACAGAUGCUCAAAUGGAGGAAAUGAGAGAGAAAGGACACAGCAGUUGCGUGCCCUGAAGCAUAUUUGGGGUCCUAGGCAAUGUGUGGGUGAAGAGCAGCAGGAAGUAUGGGUGUGAGAGUGAGAAGAUGGGAAGUGGAAGGAUUGAGAAAUGUAUUUCAUGGUGGAGGUGUCCAAAAUGACACAAUCUUGAAGGUGUUGAAAAGGUGAAGAACUAGAGAAGGUCAGAACUGAAGUGCAGAGAAUGGGACAGGCCCACAGAUCCUGGGGCAGCCUCAGUUAACUUAACAAAUGUAUUCAGUUCUAGUGCAAAAGGUAAACUUCCAGAUUGAAUGGAUUUGGGGGAACUGGCAGAAUGAUUAUUUUUAAAGCAGAAGGUACACAAGCAUGGGUGUCUCUGGAGGAUCUGUUUGUGGGUGAUGAUCUGACUUGGACAACCACAGUCUUAAUUUGAGUUGUUCCUUAUUUUCUGCUUUUUAAUCAAUGUACACAUUACUGACAUUUAUUGCCCAUCCUGAAGGAUAGUUAAGAGUCAACCACGUUUCUUUGGCCUGGAGUCACAUGUAGGUAAGGACAGCAAAUUUCCUUUUCUAAAGGUCAUUAGUGAACCAGAGGGAUUUUAUAAUAAUCAAAGUGGUCACCUUUAGACGUGCUUUUAAAUUCCAUUUCUUAUUGAAUUCAAAUGUCAUCGCCUGCCAUGGUGGGAUCCGAUCCAGCAUUAGGUGCUGGUCGACAGAAUGUUAGCCUGAAGUUCUAGAUUACUAGUUCAGCACCAUUACCACUAUGCACCAACUCCCAUUUAAGAAGGAAGUAGUUGCAACUUCCUUGACCCAUCCAUGGCAAUCCUCCACAAGAUGAACAUACAGCCAUACUAAAGUUAGUAAAACCAACUGAGGUGAGAAUAGUAGAGGCCUUGGUAGGGACCUGAGUAGUUUAAUAUUGAUGAGGAUAGGCAUAAGAAGUUAAUUUAGUUAGAGAUGGUUGAAGUUGAGUAUGGGUAGAUAGCCUCUGGUGAAGAAGGAGGUAGAGGGACAGGAUAUCCACAAGUGAAAGAGAGGGCUGUGUCAGAGAAUCAGAAAUCAGCUCUGCUUAUCUGGAUCAUAUUUGGUCACAGUUUAUUUAAGAGUGAAGUAAAACCAACGACUGCUCUGAAAACUUAUACAUCACCUCUCUUCAGUACAGUUUUAAAAAAAAAAGCCAGUCCAUCCUUAGCCUGACAUCACAGUGAACCUAUGAAGGCAUACAGAGUGAAUUACCCCAGCCAAGUGCAGCCCAGCACAGCACAGUUUAGGACAGCACAGUACACGAGGUCCUAGCUCUAGCUCCAGCUCCAGCCUCCCUCUAGACCAUUCGCCCCAGGCACAAUGUCUUGCAAUAGCCUGGAGUCAUUUGAAGAAGCACAUUACGAUGAGUACGAGUAUUACAAUCUGGCAGAUUACCCGGCUCACAAUGGAGGGAAAGGCAGGAGCAAGAAAGAGAGCGUUCGGAAUACGAAUCGCAGUUGCCCAGCUGGGCAUGAGAGGAAAAUCAUGGAGAAAGUCUACAAAAGUGACCUGAAAAGGAAGAGAGCUCAAAGCUCAUCCUAGAUUUUCAACAAGUGACCUUGAUUGUUCCAUCAACAUCCUGAGUUUGGUUUCUUACUGUCUUGUGAAGUACCAUCGCAACAUAAGUUCUCCAGUUGUUGGAAUAAUGACAAUUGUUUAUUGAAGCAGCUUUCAAUAAUGUUUUGGGAAUGAGUAGUAACUUUUGAUGAAGCACCCAUUGUGGAAAAUCCAAGAUGAGGAAUUAAAGCACAAUUGAGUUAGUGUGUUGUGUUUUGUAGGUGCUAAAACUGAUAGCAAUAGAACUUCUAACCAUGAGACAAACAGAAUGAAGACCAUUUUCCCAAGUAUGGUUUAAUCUGAUAAUUGGGGUUGUCAAUGUUUGCCUGUAUUGAAUAAACUUAUAAAUGAAAAUGAG